UUUGGUAGUUGUGUUUUGUAAGACUUGGUUUUAAGUUUUAUUGCCAAAAAAACACACAAACAGAGCAUUAACUAGUAAAAUGGAUGGAAAUUUGCGACAUAAGUUGACAUUGGUUGCCGUAUUAGGAACAGGAGUUUUCAUAAGUAUAAAUAGUUUAGGUUUAUAUGUGUGUUAUAUUUUAAAUAAAACUAUUCGUCGCGAACUGUCUGACUUAGCUUCUGAAGUACGAGAACUGAAACAAGAAUUUAAAGAAGUGAAGUCUGUUUUACCAGCUCAUUUACUUAGAAAGCGAACUUCAGAGCCGAACUUAUCAAAAGUAGAUACUAGUGCCAUUAGAACUUCAGAAACACGAAUACCAUUAAGUAUUGCUAGUGGUGAUGAUGGAGAAGAAAGUGAAAUUUUCUAUGAAGUAGCAGAAAAUGAUUUACUGCCCAAUGACUGGACGUACACCAGUGGCUCUAUAGAAUUGCUCACAACUAUUGAAGAUGUACAGGAACAAGAUUUCUUUAGAAAAAUUGAUCAAAGCCUAGAAGGUUCAACUGAAGAAAAAGAAGCUGCAUAUUCAACUUUGUUUUCAAGGAAAAAAGAGUUUGAAGGAAAUGCAGAAUAUCUCUGGAGAUUAGCCAAAGCUGCUUAUCUUUGUGGAAUAAUAGCAGAAAAGCAUUCAGAACAAGAAAAGAAAAGAGAUUUUUCUUUUGAAGCUUUUGAAUAUGGAAAGCAAGCAUUAGAAGCAGAACCCAACAUAGCUGAUGUUCAGAAGUGGUAUGCAAUCACACUUGGAAAUCUGUCAGACUACGUUAGUACUCAAGAGAAAAUUCAAAAUGGGUUCGAAUUCAAAAAACAUAUCGACAUUGCUCUUUCAUUGAAUAGUGAUGAUCCAAGCCUCCAUUAUUUACUGGGAAGAUGGUGUUAUGAGGUUGCUAUCCUGUCCUGGUGGGAAAGAAAACUUGCCUCCACACUGAUAGCUGCAUUACCAGAAUCUUCCUUGGAUGUAGCUAGGAUGCAUCUACUAAAGGCUGAUUCCCUCAAACCCCACUGGAAGGAAAAUAUCCUGUUUAUAGCUAAGACAUUUAUUGGAGAAGGCAACUAUACUAGUGCUAUGGAAUGGAUUGAUAAAGCUGUAGAACUAAAAGUUUUAAAAGAUGAUGAUGAAGUAGCCCACACUGAACUGGAAGCAUUGCAAUCUAUGUAUAACAGCUACAGAGCUUAAAGUCUCUACAACCCUCAAUAAGUGAUAAAAUUUUACCAAAGAAAAAGCAUAUCUUUAUGAAAGAAAAAUUUUGUUAAUUAAAACCAAUUAUGCUUGAUUUUAACUUAUGAUAAUGCCCAUUGUUGUGGUAGAUAACUUAAUUGUACGUACAUACAUUGAUGGGUUGUAUUUUUAUAAAUUUAUAUUUGUAUAGUCUAAGAAGUUAUGAGUGAAAGUAAAGAAGAAUAUAUUAUUUGUCAACCAUACUACAUCUGUCAUAUCCAGUGCUGAUAAAAUUGCCAUUUUAAUGAUUUUAGAAUUUCUGUGUGUUAAAUAAUGAGUUUUUGUUUAUUUACUUGUGAGGUAUAUUUGAAACAGUUUCAAACAAAUCCCUUUUUGUACAUUUCUUUAUGUAAGUAUUGAAUCCAUAUCAAUUUGUUAUAAGGGAUGGUAGUACUCAGUAUCAAAGCCGAGUUUUACUUGCAGCUUUAUAGUUAAAUGUUAUUACACAGAAUAUAUAUUGACCAGAAGGCUCAAAUUUUCAUGAUGAAGAUUGUUGACUUAUUUUGGUGGUGAUGAAUAUGAUGUACAGCAUGCAUGGAAUAUCUAAACAAAACCACCAACAUGAACAGUGUAAUGUUUUAGUCAGAGGUAAGAGGGGUGUCAAUAGGCAGUGUUUAUAAUUUAUUAUAGUGAGAUUGUGUUUUGAAAAGAAUAGUAAAAACUAUAUAGAAAAAUA